AUGAUAUUGGGUACAGAAGUUAAUGAGUUUGUGACAAAUCGUUAGUAAUCAAAAAUACACUAUUUAUCUUAAGAAAAUAAGCUUCUUUAAGAAUAUAUUGGUGAUUUAGAGAAUGCAUUAAAAUUAAAUAAAUAGGCAAUGUCAUUAGCAUUAGACAACAGAAAAUGUCAAGUAAUAAAUGAAAUUAUUGAUAAACAAUAGUAAAUAAAAGAUGGAAGCACUUUAUCAAGUGAAUAAGGUUUGACUCCUGAUUUGAUUAAGCAUUUAAAUGAAGAGAACAAUAAAUUAAUGUAGGCUUUGACAAAGUAAUAAAAAGUGAGUAGUCAAUUACAAACUAAGAUACUUUUACAGGAAUAGAUAGCUGAAGAACAAUCUAAUUAUUAUAAAGAUUUGAUUAGUGAUUUGGAAUAUAAAUUAAUAGAGUUGAAACGUAGUAUUCAUGAUAAGGAGUAUGCAAUUCAAGAAUUGGAACGCAUGAAACCUAUCUAAGAGAAAGAGGGCUAAUUAGUUAAAUUAAUAGAAGUUGUAACACCUUCAGAAUAGAAUUUAAAAUUACAUGAAGAAUUAGAAAGUGUUAGAGGAGUAUUAUAGAAAAUUACAUCAGAAGCUUAAAGUGUUUCAGAAAAUAAUAAUGCUUUAAGAGAAGUUAAUUAUCAUCUGAAAAGAGAAAUAUUUAAAAUGAGAAUAGUAUUAAGAAGUUAAGUUAAUUAUUAGAAUAUGAAAGGUAACAAAUAUUUCUAUUUCAGAUUUUGUAUUUAAUGAAUAUCUUGAUAAAACAGAUAAUAAUCUUGAUUUAAAUAAAGAAUUAUAAAAUCAUAGAGGUAAACUGGAAUAAAUGCAUUAAGAUUUAUAUGGUACAAGUAGUUUAGGAUAUGGAUUCUCUCCAGAACCAUAAUAAUUGAAAUAUUUAAGUAAAAAUGAAAGAAUGAUCUAUUAAGAAAAAUUACAUAAAAUGGAAAUGAUGGUUAAAGGAUUCAAAGAAUUAUUUGAAAAAGAAAAAAAUAAUAAUCUAAAUAUUAACAAAUUAUAUAAUGAAUUAGUUAAAAAAUAUGAUUAAAUUUAAGAUACUAAUGAGUUAUUAAUACGUUCUAAUUAACUUAAAGAUUAAAAAAAUGAAUAAUUGAUGGCAGAAAUAUAAUUUUAUAAAAAAUAGAAUUAAAAUUAUAUGGAAUAACUAAAAACCAGAAAAUAGUUCAAUUCAAUAACAUUAAAUCAAGAAUAAGAUAUUGCUGUUGGUAUAUUCAGUCCUAGAUUUAAUUCAAAUAAUGAAAGAGUUAAUUCAUAACCAUCAUAUUUUGUUAGAUAAUCUUAAUAAUUAUCAAAUGUUGAUGUUAGACUUGAUGAUACUGAACCUAAAGAAAAUAUGUCAGCCCAAUUAAAUAAUUCUAAUUAAAAAUAAUCAUAAAAAUCUGUUCCUUAAUCUAAGUUCAAGAAACUUUAAUUAAAAGAAUUAUAAAUUAAUACUGAUGAAAAUUUAGAAUAAGCUCCUUAUUGUUAAACUGCUAGAGCUGAUUCUAAACCACUUGUUAAAAAUUAAAUACAACUCAAAAAAACAUCGUAUUAUGAUAUGACUAGAGAAGAAUGUGUUAAUUUCAUUAUGUCUAUGUCAAGUGAAUUUUUUUAGCAUUUUGAUGUAUAAUAUUAUAUAAAAUUUAGAUAAGUAACAUAAAAAAAAAAUAGUUAAUUAAACAAAUGGAGGAUCCUCUGUAAUAAAAUAAAAGACCAAAAAGAUCUUAUAGUAAUCCAUUCUCAUAUUUUUCAAAUGAAAGUCAAGUUGCUUUUUCUAAACCACCUAAAUAAUCAGUUGUUGCUAUUGUAUUUUUUUUUAUAUUUAAUUUCAGACCAAAAACGAAAUCUAAUAAUUGCUAGUAGAAUUAACAUGCAAAAAAUAAUAAUAACCUGAACCAUUUGAUUUAUUCAGUGUUGAUGUUUCUUAAAUUGAUGGCAAUAAGAAUAAGAAAUAAAUCCUUGAUUAAGAUAUUAGUUUUAUUUCAAAUAUCGAUUAAUAAGAUUGA